GAACAAGCCUUUAACCUCUCCAAUGAGAUUGUUUAAGGGCUCUUCCACUGACACAAGUAACUCAGGACCCUCAGGUCAGGAGAAAUCCCCCUCUUCUCCUGCGGUUAAAUUGUCAAGGUUUAUCAAGACACAAGGAACCUGCUCACAGAGCCCAAAGGCAGUGAACUCCAAGCUCCAAGGCAGGGCCGAAUUGAGUAAGGGCCCCUCGUCCUCCAGUUCCCCUCACCUCUCAAGGAGGCACCUGGAUUAUGUUGACAAUGGCGAGCAGCCCACCAGAGACAAACACUGUGAAACCAGCAAAAAUAAACUCAGGUCCCCUUCUCCUCCCCCGCCCCCGGGCCGCACCACCUCCUUACUGGUGAGACCAAAUUAUGAAGGGUCGCCUCAAGCACAAAAGACUUGGCUGGCUCAAACAACCACUGUGAGGGGCCCUCCCCCAAGUUACCACACCUCAAUUCUACCAAAUAUGCAAUCGACGCUACCCAUCAAGGAUAAAGACUGUUUAGACUUGGAUGCAGGCUACGGGACUGCACUUGCACCUCAGAAACUGGUCGAGAAAACCAGUCAGCACCUUCAAAAGUCCCCCGCCACCACUCAGACGCCUACUAAAGGCACUUCCAAGAGGAUGACCGCGAAAGACUGCAUCCCUCCUGCAAACUCAGGGUGUGAUCCAGAAACUGAAAAUGCAACUAAAAGCUCAAAGAAUGUCCCUCCCCCUUACAGUGCCCUCCGAGGGUCCUCACUUCAGAACUCCUUUGCAAAUAAAAGAUUAUCAACCCAUGAAGGUGUCCAUCAGACAGUGCAGAAGACGUCUAUUAGUUUACCCCUAUCGCUUCAGGACACACCCCAAGCUAAAACAGAACCCCAAAAUGGCAAAGCUGUUGUCAGCCCCCCCAGUUCGGCCAUGCUUUCCCCCAACACACCAGAAAAAGCCUCAAAGACUCGCAUCCCGAUGGGUUUUAAAGCAUUCAUAAAAUCUCCCCCUAGCCAUAAAAAUAGUCCCUCGAUACCAGGCAAGCAAGCAAAAGAUCAUAUCAACUCAGUCUCCAAGGAAACUGUGACUACAAAUGCCUCUACCCAGUGUGACAGCUCGCAGCCAGUGUACAGUAUUGAUUCCCCCCCCAAGAUGUCCGUUACAGAAGUGAAAGGUGAGGUCCAGUGUAGAUUACUGGAGGACGAUGUUCAUGCUGUGUUACCAGAGGAGGGAGAGCUUUGUGAGAAAGGGAAAAGGAGUAGUCAACUUUUCUCCAGAUCCAUAUCUAUCUCUACAAAGCCUCAUUUAAAGCCGGCAUUGGGGAUGAAUGGGGCCAAAGCCCGGAGCCAGAGCUUUAGCACCAACUACAUCGAGAAACCCAACAUCAAUGUUGUAGAUGGGCCAGGAAAAACCAGAACUCAGAUAAUCACCAACUCUGGGGAAAGGGGGAACUCUUUGUCGCGGCAGAGUUCCUUGGAGGUACCGGAGAGCCCCGUCCACUCCCCAAGAUCCAGGCUCAGCCACUACGGAGGCAUGACGUCGUCAAAUAGUCAGAGCGUCCUUCCUGAGAAAACUUCCAAAUCAGGUGACGGGUCACAGGUGGAGGCGAUCACUUCACCUUCUCAAAAAGAGGCGCGUAGCUUACCCAUCAGUGAAAGGGUUGGUUUAAACAUCCGUAAGCCAGCCAAAGUUCAUCCCCAGCCUCCAAUAGCAACUUCCCCUGAUGACCCGGACUUUAGCAGGGAUGUCAAAACUCAGACAGACUCUCCAGAUACGGAGGAGAAAAUCAGCCCAACAGCCUGUACGAUCGAAGAGAAGGUCAUGAUGGGAAUCGAGGAGAACCUGCAGAAAUGUCAAGAACAGGAAAAGGUCACUGCCAGCGAGACCAAACAGAAGACGGGCCCUUCUCUGGCAAACUGGUUCGGCCUCCGUAAGAGCAAACUUCCCGCUCUGAGUGGGAAGAAAGCGGACUCCCCCAAGGGUAAGGAAGAGAAGAAGGAGUCGAAGAUCGGAUCGGUGCUCGGAGGCAAACAGAAGAAGGAUAAGAAGAAAAUCGAUAACCAGCAGAGAGACGGUCAGGAGGGGGAGAACCAGUCUGAUGUGAACAACAAGCUGAGCUCCAUCAUGGACCACUGCAACAACCAGAUGGGUCAGAUCGCCUCUCAGAUCCAGUGCACCACCGCGUUCAUCGGCAAAGACCAGUUUGUGAAGGAGCUUCUCGGCAGGACCGCUGUGAAGGGCAGCUGUGAGGCCGCAUCGCCGCCUGGGAUCUCCACCCCCAAGAAAUACAGCGAAAUGAAGGGAGAUAUGGAGAUCUGUCCAGAUACUGCUACCCUUAUAAUGACUCAGAAGAUCAAUCUGAGGGCUGGAAAUGAAGAGGGACGUAUUCCAGACACAGCUUGUCAAGACCACAUGCUAGGCUCCAGCUGUCAGAUGAGGACCCUGGACAGCGGGAUCGGUACCUUCCCCCUCCCCAAAUCUGAGUCCAGCCCCGGAGCGAUGACCUCCGGCUCCUCUGACCUGGAUCUGGAACCUCCCUCUCCUCACCCAGACCCCUCACAUCUUGAAGCGCCUUCCCUCCCAAACCCCCGCCUGCAUGCCCCCACCAGCAUGGGUCACUCCCUGUCCGAGCCCAGUGUGACCAUCGCAGCGGACCCCCAGAGCCGCCUGCCCAAAUUAGCAUCUUCAGAUGCAAUAAGGGCAAAGAGGUUGAGUCUCUGUGCUCCCCUGAGUAACAUCUCCACCGAGGACAACGAGAAGGAAACGGAGAGGAAGAUGAAGGCCAAGGACCAUGACAUGGCUGCUGAGAGAGCCCUUCAGGUGUGCACGUACUCGGGGAGCAGCAGCAGCGACACGGAGACUGAACCGGAGGAAACGGGAAGACCCCCGCAGAGGACCCUGAUCCUCAGAUCCAAGAACAGUGACUCAGUGGACCUGAAUGAGGAGACCCUCAAGAGGAGCAGUGUGGAGACACCCUUAUCCAUCAUGGACUUCUACCAACAUGACAUGUAUUCACACCUGGAGAAGGACACGCGGAGGAUUUCCCAGUACGCCUUGCUGCACAAGGAGUCCUCCCUGGAAGCCGGAGACAGACUAAGUAAAGACAUUUCCAUGGAGAAGAUGUCCGUCGGUACGCAGCCGGACUCUCUCGAUCUCUCUUUGGAGUCCCUGAACAAACUGAACGGCAGCUUAGGCCUCCGCAGGGGGGGCUGCCAGGCCGACGGGGGGAAGAGCGGGGGGGACGGCAGCAAGCUGGAAGAGCCCUCCUCCUCCAGCUUCUCCAGUAGGCCGGGGGGGGAUCCAGUGGGCUCCCUCAGCGACUCGCUCUACGACAGCUUCUCCUCCUGCACCAGCCAGGGCUCCAACGAGGUGUAGGGCCCCCCCCAGGAGGAAGAUUAUUCUCAUCGAGGCCCCUCCUCUAACACCUCAAGGUCUCUUCUGACUGAGUGGUAGAUAUUGUGGGAAACUGAAAAAUCUCACUCGUCACCAGUUUCAAUAUCAGGAUGCAUGUAUUUAUGAUCCUCUCAAGAAUGGAAGUACUCAUCACAUACAGAGCAUUUUUUACAACUAGAACAGUUUCCUUCAAAAUGCUUAUAUACAAGAGAGGGAGUUCAAAAGUCCCCAAGAUGGAGGGUUCAAAGCAGAUGUUUUGUUCCGAUUUGCUAAGACCCACGUCAAAAAUGAUCAUACUUGUCAUAUGUUGGGCCUUUCUUAUCAGGUGCUCCUGAUAUACUGAUAUUGGAAGAGUUCAUUCCCAACAGAAACCUUUAGGCAGCCAUUUUGAUUUGGCUUCACCUUUUUGGAUCUGGUCUUCAAGUUUGACUUAUUCACGGGGAAAGACUGGACUUCAGCCCUGUCCUCUCUACAACACAAAGCACUUGAUGAACUUCUAAGCAAACACCAAACCAGGACUUUAAAUACGUGGUGGACUGGAGAGCAAUACAAAACGUUGUGUCAUCGCAAUGUGUUUUCUUCUUAUCAUUGCACUGUAACAAAUACUGUACAAAGUUAGUAAGGAGAGUCAAGACAGUUGCUGUGAUUGCAUUCCUGUUUGCUAGGAAACUACAUUCAAACCUUUUUAUUUGUUGCUGCUAAACGUGGAAUCACAAACGAUAACCUUGGUUUCUUUUUCUUCUGUGAUGCAAUACUUUUUACAAAUCACAAAAGACUUUCAUUUUUAUUUUUAAAGGUGAAAACCCGUUGCCAAUGUUGUCUUUGCGUGUUACUUUGAGCAUCAAAUGACAUGGAAAUCUUCAGUUUUUACAGCAGUAUGUAAUCGUGUUAACUU